AACUUGUCACAACUUUAUAAUUGGAUGUGUUGAUUCAAGAGGCUUGAUAAAUUAGGCUUUAGGCGUCUAUGAUAUACCAAGCAAUCACACUUAGCUUAUCAAUUGCAAACUCUACAAAAUUAGAAAACAAAUACUUAAAGAAUAUAAAUAUUAUAUUCUCCUAUACAUAUUUAUACGUCAAAUGGCAAGUGUCUCAAUCUUUUCCACUGCGGCUAGAAGGUUGGAAGGCAAGGUUGCCCUUAUCACAGGAGGUGCUAAUGGAAUUGGUGAAUAUACAGCAAAAUUUUUUACUCAAAAUGGUGCAAAAGUCAUGAUUGCGGACAUCCAAGAUGAUUUGGGCCAAGAAGUUUGCAAGGAUCUAGGCCCAUCAGUAGCCUCAUACAUCCAUUGCAAUGUCACAAAUGAAGCCCAUCUAAAAAACGCAGUUGACUCAACAAUGGCCCAAUACGGAAAACUCGACAUCAUGUUCAAUAAUGCGGGUAUAGUUAGCUAUCCCAAGCCCAAUAUCCUUGACAACACAUUAUCGGAGUUUGAAGAAGUUGUAAAAGUCAAUCUUAUUGGGCCGUUUUUGGGGACCAAACAUGCGGCCCGAGUCAUGAUCCCGGCCCAACAAGGUAGUAUUAUUACAAUGGCUAGUACUUGCUCCACCAUAGGAGGUGCAGCGCCCCAUGCCUACACUAGCUCGAAGCACGGCGUGGUGGGGCUCACAAGGAACACCGCCGUCGAACUUGGAAAAUAUGGGAUUAGGGUGAAUUGUUUGUCACCACAUGUGACUUCAACCUCUUUGACUAAGACCAACUUUGAUCUAGACGACGAAGGUAUAUCUAAGAUAUACUCUAACCUUAAAGGUGUUUGGUGUAAAAAGGAGGAUGUUGCGAAUGCGGCUUUAUUUCUUGCAAGUGAUGAAUCAAAGUUUGUUAGUGGACAUAAUCUUGUUGUUGAUGGAGGAUUUACUAUUGUGAAUCCGGCAUUUAGUAUGUUUGAAUAAGGACUUGUUUGGCAGUAACGCUUGAGGUAGUGAUUAAGGUUUUAACCAUGUCAAAACACUACAAGCUAGAGAAAAAUAAGAUUGCUUUGUAAGGUAUUGGUUUGGAUAGCGGUUGGUGGUAAAGAUAGCGUUUGGGUAGCUAGUAACCGUUAAAGCUCAUAAAAUAAAGGAAAUAUUAAAGA